AUGGCUACUCAAACCACAAUGAUGGCUGCAAAAUUGACAACAGUUGAUCCGACAUCUGUGAGAAAUAAGAAAUCAAAUGGCUCAAAAACCGCCAUUUUACACGUAAUUCAAUCUGAGACGGCGGAAGUAGAACAGGGCCGGAAAAGGAUGAUGGUUUUAGCAGGCGUGGUGUUGGCGGUGGUAGUAGUAGUAGCUACAAUGUCCACACUCAUCGUACAUCUUGUUGAAGACAGAAGUCGCUACUCGAAAACCACAGCCACACCAGAGCCACCAAAAAAAUUACUAUUAGAAGAUGAAGCAAACACAAUCGAACCAGAGCCUACAGUGAGAAUUUCACGAAAAUUCGUCGAAAGAUCUUUGGAGAGUUUUGGCGCUAAAAAUGAAGCGCGAAAAAAUCGCACUACAAAGAUUUUUCAUUUGAAGAAAAUUGAAAUGGACCGAAUUAACGAUUUCAUACACUAA